UCUAUUUAUUAAACAUCACCUUAUCAGAGCGAACCCCCAGUCACAACGAAGAAAAUAUACAUUCUGUCAGGCGGGCUAAUUGGGUAUAGGCGAAUGACUAACGUUUUAUUAUUUUCAUUUAUUCCCCAUAUGACAACUAAUGUGAAUUUUAGGAGGCCUAUGCAACGAGUGUGAUAUUGGCAGAACAGGCUACGUUCGCAUCAACUACUGCGUGUGUUGGUCUAUAAAGGAUGGCUGAAGCGGAAUUACAGGCGUUUACAUCCAUGAUGGACGCACUGGUUCAAAUAAGUUCUAACAUGAAGAGUAUGGAGCGGGAGCUGCACUGUCCGGUGUGCAGUGAGAUGGUGAGACAGCCAAUUAUUCUGCCGUGCCAGCACAGCGUGUGUCUGCUGUGUGCUGCUGAGGUGCUGGUCCAGAGAGGCUACCCUCCCCCAGAUCUCCCCCCGGAGCCCAAUUCCCCAGCCGCCUCCCCCAACACGCGUUCUCCCCGCGGGGCACGCAGACCACCACCCAAGACCAACGACCGCCUGGACCGUGUCCUCAGAGCAGGUUAUGGGACAUAUCCCGGGCGCCGCCGUAAGGACAUGGCUCCUUGCCCCAUGCUGUUCCCCUGUUCGUCCUGCCACACAGAUGUGGAACUCGGGGAAAGAGGACUGGCAGACUGCCUUAGAAACCUCACCUUGGAACGCAUUGUGGAGAGGUACAGACACACAGUGAGUCUGGGCAGCAUGGCUAUAAUGUGUGGCUUCUGCAAGGGCCCUCAGUCUCUGGAAGCCACUAAGGGCUGUGCUGACUGCAGGUCCAACUUCUGCAACGAGUGUUUCAAGCUGUACCACCCCUGGGGCACGCUUCGCUCCCAGCACGAACACAUACAGCCCACCAACAAUUUCAGACCCAAGGUCCUGACAUGUCUGGAGCAUGAGCAGGAGAAGUUGCUGUGGUAUUGUCGCUCCUGCCAGAGGCUUCUCUGUCCUCUCUGUAAGCUCCGCAGGGUUCACCACGGCCACAAGGUGGCACCAAUCGCACAGGCCUGCCAAGCACUGAAGGACAAGAUCACCAAGGAGAUCAACUACAUUCUUGCCAAUCAGGACACAGUACAGGCUCAGAUCACUCAGCUGGAGUGUGCCAUCACUCAGAUGGAGUUGAACAGUGCGGUGGCCAAGGAGCAGUUGUCCCAGUGUGUGAGGGAGCUGGGGGCCGCCCUAGCGGAGCGGCAGGGGGCCCUGACACUGGCCCUAGAGGGCACCCAUCUGAGGAGGGGGGAGGCCCUUUCUGCCCAGGUGGCUGAGAGGAGGGGCCUGCUGGAGAACGCAGGGUUAAUGGCAUACACACUGGAGCUGCUCAAAGAAACAGACCAGCCCUGCUUCGUGCAGGCUGCACGGAUCACCCACAACAGACUGGUAAAAGCCAUAGAGAACCUGCAGUGUUUCUCACUCUCUGCAGACCCUUCCUUCAGACACUUCCAUAUGGAUGCAACCAGAGAGCUACAAGUAAUCAGCAGUAUGGACUACAUAAAAGCCCCAUUGGCUCCUGUGAUUGACACUCAACGGACACUAGCCUAUGACCAGUUGUUCCUGUGCUGGCGACUCCCCCAGGACUCCACCCCUGCCUGGCAUUUCUCUGUCGAGUUCCAGCAGCGAAUGGGAUUGACCGAGGCAGGCUGGGGAGGAGGGGUCAGGAGUCCAAAUGCUCCAGUGGCGUGGCAGCGCCUGGAGGAGGUGGGCGGGACUAGCGCUGUGAUUGAUAGACUGGAGAUGGACAGUGUGUACGUCCUGAGGGUGAGAGGGUGCAAUAAGGCGGGGUUUGGAGAGUACAGCGAAGAGGUCUACCUGCACACGCCUCCCGCACCAGUGUUGAGUUUCUCUCUGGACUCUCGCUGGGGGUUGCAUGCAGACAGACUGGCGCUGGGUAAAGGGCAGACGUAUGCCCGCAGUGUGCCCGGCCUCUCCCUUCUGCAGGCCGCCGACCGCUCUCUCACUUCCUGUCACCUGACCUCUGACCUCCUCAUAGGAGACCUGGCCAUCACCCAGGGCAGGCAUUACUGGGCAUGCUCAGUAGAGCCCGGCUCCUACCUGGUCAAGGUGGGAGUUGGACAGGAGACCAAGCUCCAAGAGUGGUUCCACCUUCCUCAGGACAUGGCCAGCCCUCGCUAUGACCCAGACAGCGGCCAUGACAGUGGGGCUGAGGAUUCCCCAGACUCCUCCCCUCCCUUCUGCUUCCUCACUAUGGGCAUGGGCAAGGUUCUCUUACCGCAGGGGGCAGCAAACCCACACCACAGUACACACAGCACCCACGGUAACCAUGGAAACAACCAUGGCCCCCCCACGGCCCCCCUGCCUCCGCGCUUGGGGGUGUGUCUGGACUUUGAGAAGGGACGGGUCACGUUCUACGAUGCCCAUUCGCUACGUACCCUGUGGGAGGGGCAUGUGGAUUGCUCCGCUCCUGUGUGCCCAGCCUUCUGUUUCAUUGGUGGAGGAGCACUGCAGCUGCAGGAGCUGGUGGCCAAUCGGAGUACGGAGGAACCAACGCCCAGAAGGGUCACCAUCCAAUCACGAGCUACCAAUUUGGGUAACUGAAAUUGAGUGGUGUGGAAUGAAGUGCAAAGCACCUUUAUAGACUUUAUGUAAACUUUUUUAUGCAAAUGUUAAUGAUUUACAGUAUGCUGAAUAGAAGAAUGUCCAGGUCCUAUUGUGGGGAAUCCAGUGGGUUGUGGAUCAUUCUGGAGGUUACCUCAGGACUCAGGUCACCUGAGAGGUCUCCAACCUUUUCUAGCAUGAGAGCUCAUUUAAAAGAAAUGUUACGAGAUCCGCAUUUUCUUUUCUAGCUUUGAAAUAUGCACUUACCUUCUGCAGGUCCUUAGCAUAGAAGACAAAGUACUGCACUAAUUUCUGUCAUUAUACCUGGUAAAAUGUCAGUUUAUGAACUAAGGGGACCCAAGCAAAAACUAUGAUUUUUUUAAAAUUCUAAGUUCUGAAUCCGAAUAAUGAUUUCUUAGUUAAACAUUCUUGAUUAUAAUGUUUUUUUGUGUUUAUUUUCUUCAUUCUCAAAAUGAUUAUGGAGUCCGUGUCAGUGAUUAAAUUAAAUAAGAACCUUUGAAUUUUGAUUUAUGCAAUUCCCCUUCAUCUGUUGCUUUUAAUUGUUUAUCUAGGAAGAGAGGAAUGUGUUUAUAUAGUGAUGGUUCUGUAGCUCACUGCUGCUGCUCAUGUCUUGACAAUGUUUAAUAACUAAAUUUACAGGUUUUAGGGCAAAGCAUUUUAUCAACCCAGAAGAUAGUUGUUAUUAAACUGGCAACACAGAGAAAUCCACAAAUGCUCACACAACACAAACAGACAGGGGCUUAAAAAGUGGAUAGAAAUUGCCUGACAAUGUUAGGUUUCGCUUUCUAAGCCAAUAAUGACUAAACACGGAUGGGAUAAUAUCAGUGCCGCACUUGUAGAUAGUAGCUUGCGGUGUCUGGUACGUGUUCAGUUUGUUCAUAACAGUCUGUGGUAGAAAACAUGAAAAUGUCAUGUGCUUUCAGAAUUGCUUGGAGUGCUACUCCUGAGUGGACUGUCAGCUACUGGUAAUUGUCGAUGGACCUCUUGAAGACCCCUAGAGUAUGUAGGUUGCUGUCAUGACAACUGUUGUUUCGUUGAAUCUGAAAAGGACUCAUGAGUGGGACUUUACAUAGAUCUUAUUAUAUGAAAUCAAACCAAAAAGCUCACAUUCUGGCAGUUCUCUCAUAGGCUUCAAAUAUGUAUUACAAAUCAAGAGAUAGUACGUAUUUAUUCAAUAUUCUCAGAGCAACAGAGCUUAAUGUGAUUACAGAUUGUGGAAAAAAAAUAUUUGUAUAAAUCAUGUGUUGAUGUCAGUGGGAAAAUCUAGGAUUUGUUUGUAUUCAGUUGAUUUAAAACAAUAUUUGUUUCCAUCUUUCUCAUCUAGGCUGGCUGAUUUAACUUUUACAGUUUUUCUAGGUUUUGUAAUCAUAGCUGUUCUGAUUACAGUGGUUUAUUUUCACUCAACAGAUUGUUUGUUACUAGAAUGAUGGGUAUUACAAGGUGAGGUCCUGUCAACGAUCAGACUGUUAGUAAUAUUCACAUUGUAUUUUGAAUGUAUUUGUGAGAGUGAGUUUUACUGUGUGUGUAUUUUUUGAUGUGAGAGAGAGAAAGAUCGAGGACAGAAAGUGAGGAGUGUCCAAUCUGUUUUUCAGAGGUCUGGCUGUGACCAUCAUGCUCUCUGUUCAGAAUGGUCUGUCUGUAAUGUUAAAUUACCUGCUACCUGGCAGCACAGCACCUCAAUGACUUUAGACUGUAGCAUUUCCUAACCUUAAACUUUGUUAUGCUGGCAGAAUGUUUGUAAAAUGUACUGAGAAACAAUGAAUAAACAGUUCAACAGG